AUGCCAGUGCCGCGCAACACGCCCGUGGAGAAGCGCAGAGUAAAGACUGGCUGCGUCGCGUGCCGCCAACGGCGUCGGAAAUGUGAUGAAAAAAAGCCGCAUUGUACCAAUUGCGAGUCGAGAAAAAAAGCGUGCAAGUACGCCAGCGCUCCAGAUCCCCAAUCUGGCACAUACGCCGAAAUUACUUUUGUUGACAGCCGACGCUCUCCGACCAAGCCGCUACCCGACGCGGAAGCUCGCAGCGUGCCAUUGGGACAGCCUUCAAAUAUCACGCGCUCCAUCGUUAGCUGGCGGCAGCCCGCCUCACAGCCCACGACACAUCAUCAUGUAGCUCCUUCAACCUGGGGGUCCUACUUCGACGUUGAAUCAGCGGAAGCUUCUCAGCGCGAAAUUGCUUUACUACGCCAAUUUCGCUAUCGCAUCGCGCCGUGGUUGGAGGCCGGAGAUCCUGACAGCCAAUUUGGCGUGGCCAUGAUGCAAAUGGCCCAAGUACAUGAGCCUUCCUCGCAUGCAUGA